UCCAUGCAUGCAAACUCCGCCCAAUUUGUCAGUCCGAUGGAAAAUAGAAGCACACUGUCACACGACAUGGAAUAAUAACUCGUUCGCUGGAGUAAAUCCUGUGUUUGUUUUAGGCUUAUCUGAACGUACGGCACAUGUAUUCUUUUCUCAGUUAGGGAGACAACUGCUCGACAAUUCUAGUAAACUUACGUUUUGGGGAGGCGCGCUCCAUCAGAAUUACGCAAGGGACAACAUGAUUUUGAAACAUAUGGAAUUGCUCUUCGUUUUACAAUACUUUAUUCCUCUGAUCACUCCAGAUGUUGCAGUUGAGAAGGAGUUGAAGAACUUCCAGUGUUCCCUCUACUCCUCUAAGGCCAUGAACUGCAGCUGGCUUCCAGCCAAUCAGACUGCAGAUGACCUCCAGCUCUACUACUGGUACCCUGGUGAAUCCCACAAAACAGCAUGCAGUGACUACAAGCCCAGAGCUGGUGAGAAGAUAGGAUGUCGCCUGAGAGGGGACUUCCUUGAACAUGACGUCUACUUCCACUUCAAUGGGACUCUCAAUGGUUUGUCUGUACAGAAAACCUUCCGGGUGCGUCCUGUACAUUAUGUCAAGCCCCCGGCCCCUAGGGUUAAGAUCACAGAGGAAGGGAAGGAUCUCCUUCUGAGCUGGGACCCUCCGGACUUAGCCGCUCACCACUGCUGGGUUUACGUCUUGAACUACAGCAUGUGUCGAGAGUCUCUGAGUAAGGAAAUACAAUACAAAUAUGAUAAUGUAGCCGUGAAAGUGCCGUACGACCUGAGAUGCCAAUACAGAGUCCAGGUUAAAGCAGUCUAUAAGAAGUCAUGUGGGGCAGGAGGGAGCGACUGGAGCGAUGUUGAACUUUAUGGUGUGGAGGAUCUUCAUUUUGAUUGGUUGAUGACUGUAUUUGCAAUCCUCAUUCCAGCUGCAGUUGGCCUAUUCAUCAUCCUGUGUCUUUGUUGCUUCAUGAAGCACAGAGAGAAGCUUUUCCCCAAAAUUCCACAGCCCUCCUUGAUUUUGAAGGACAUGCUGAACAGCAAUAAGGAACAGAAGAGCUUCAUAGGGAAUCUCUAUGUCCCUGUAGUGGAGGAGAUGGAAUGUAAGAUCAGCCUAGAGAAAGACCCUACUCUUCUCUUGAUGCAGCCUGACCCCUGAGAGGCUACACACUGACCCAGUUAUGAUUACCACAGUACAGACAGAUACAUCUGGUAUGACUUCAGUGUUAUUGACCAACACUCAGAGCAAGCCAUGUUAAGGUGGACCCCAGCUGCAUUGCUGAAGAAUUCCCGGACUUGGAGCUCCGCAGUCGAUGGACCACUUUAGCAAGUUGGACACCGACGGAGAGCGUGUGGAGUAUGGACUGUUGAGGAUAGACUCCUUUUCCUGUGUUUUUUCUAGGACUGUUUUGGGCGUUGACGCGAUGACUCCUGUAUUGUUCUGAGUAAUGUUUGUGUGUGUGUGUCUGUCCGUUUGUUUGUUUAGGAAGAUACUAACAACUGUUCUCAUGAACCUCUUGCAUCCCACGGCUUGGGGUCAUAGGUCAGACGUUAUCAGCAAGCCAGUGCAGGAAACGAGGAGCUGGGCUCAUAACCCUCCCUCCUCGACCAAAUGGAACAUUAGUAGGCAGUGCCCAAAGAUAUGCCCAGGCAGCAUUGCAGGCUUUAUCUGACUAAUCAACCCUGUUCAUAAUGUAGUGAUUUAGGGGACACCUACAAAGUACUGGAACCAGGGAUCCUCUGUGGAACAAAUUUACUAUAUGUGCCAUAAGUCCAGACAUCUUGGCAGGCGCUUUAAAGGAAUACUACACUAAAAAACGAUUUUGUAUUGUUUUUUCCAUUAGUUCACCAUAAUAAAAUCUACCCCCAAAAUGUGCAUAUAUCAGCAUUUUUAAAGAAAGCACAUUCAGUAGAGCAAAAACUUUCCUUGACGCAAAACGCAACAACACUAAGAUAUUGUUUUUGAGUAUUUGUAACAGCGUUCGUCUGUUGAAUGAAGAAAGUCGGACCGAAAUGCAGAGUGUAGGUUACUCAUGACCUUAAUGAACAGAAUAGCGGUACAUGAAAUAACUGAAAUACAAAAACAACAGAACGGAACG